AGCGCCGCCGCCGCCCAAUGAGGGGCCGGCUGGUGUCUAUAUAAGGGCGGCCGGGGGCAGGCCGAGAGGCGCCAUUUCGCGGGGACGAAGGACGGAGCGGGUCGGGCCCGGUGCGCGCGGGGGGCGGCCCCAAACCGGAUCCAUCCUCCGCCGGGCGGCCCAGCCCCCGCCUCCGCGCUCCCGGAGGGCUCCGCCGGACCCUCCCCGGCCUCCGUAGCGACCCCUGCCUGCGGCCAGCGGCGAGGGGGGCCCUCCCCCCACCCCCACCCCCCGCGCUCCCGCCCUCCUCCCCUCAGGGAGCCAAGAUGGAGCCCGGCCGCUGAAGCCCCGCCGCCAUCCGCCGCCAUCCGACCCCCGGCCCGCCUCGCCGAGCCCGACCGCCGGCCUCCGCGGAUUCCUCCGGCUCCCAGCGACACCUCCGGGCCUGUAUUGACGGCGUCGCGCAGGACUCGGGGCCCGCCGGCGGCGCCCAAGAGGCGCCCCCCCCCCCCCCCCCCUUUCCCCGGUCCCUUCCCCCCCCCCCCUCUUGGCCCCGCCGCCAUUUUCUCCGCGCCCGCCGAUGUGAAGGCCGCUGGAUGGUCCCGAGCCGCCGCCGCCGCUCGGUGAUGCCCGGCCGGGGGCCGGCUCCUUAACGGGGCGGGGGGAGGCUCCUCCCCGGCGGGCAAAGUGGGGGGGUCGUCGGAGGAGACGGCGGCGGGUGGAGGAGGAGGAGGAGGAGGAGGAAGGCCGGGAGCCGGGCACGCAGCCGCCGGGAUGCUGCAGAAUGUGAAUCCCCAGAGCAAGAUUCUGGGGGAGGGCAAUGCCGGGCUCAUGGGCCUGGCGACGGAGUCGACCCCCGGCAAGCGGAUCCGCAAGCCCUCGCUGCUCUACGAGGGCUUCGAGAGCCCCACCAUGGCCUCGGUGCCGGCCCUGCAGUCCCCCCAGGUGAACCCGCCCCCGCCGGAGGUGUCGAACCCCAAGAAGCCGGGCCGGGUCACCAACCAGCUGCAGUACCUGCACAAGGUGGUGAUGAAGGCCCUGUGGAAGCACCAGUUUGCCUGGCCCUUCCGCCAACCCGUCGACGCCGUCAAGCUGGGCCUGCCGGACUACCACAAGAUCAUCAAGCAGCCCAUGGACAUGGGGACAAUCAAGCGGCGCUUGGAGAACAACUACUACUGGGGGGCUGCCGAGUGCAUGCAGGACUUCAACACCAUGUUCACCAACUGCUACAUCUACAACAAGCCCACAGAUGACAUUGUGCUGAUGGCCCAAACCCUGGAGAAGAUUUUCCUGCAGAAGGUGGCUCAGAUGCCUCCGGAAGAGCAGGAGAUCGUGGUCCCGGUGGCCAAGAACAGCCACAAGAAGGGAGCGUCCCGGGCAGCGGCGCUCCUGGCGGGCCUCACGGCUGCUCAGCAAGUGCCGGCCGUCUCCUCCGUGUCCCACACCACGGUGUACACCCCGAGCCCUGACAUCCCCACCACCAUAGUCAACAUUCCCCACCCGUCCGUGAUCUCCGCUCCGCUCCUCAAGUCGCUGCACUCCACCACCCCGGCCGUGCUGCCCACGCCUGCGCCCACCCAGCCUGUGGCCAAGGUAGGACGGGAGGGAAGGACCAGGGGGGAGAGGCUCCGGGCCCGCGGGCUCGGCGCGGCCUCACGCACCCCCUCCUUUCGCCUCCUCCGGCAGAAGAAGGGCGUGAAGCGGAAAGCGGACACCACCACCCCCACCACCACGGCCAUCAUCGCCACCAGCGGGGAGUCCUCGCCCUCCGCCACGCUGCUGGAGGCCAAGGCGGCGAAGAUCCCCGCGCGGCGCGAGAGCGGCCGGCCGAUCAAGCCCCCCAAGAAGGACUUGCCGGACUCGCAGCAGCAUCAGACGUCCAAGAAGGGCAAGCUGUCGGAGCAGCUCAAGUACUGCAACGGCAUCCUCAAGGAGCUGCUCUCCAAGAAGCACGCGGCGUACGCCUGGCCCUUCUACAAGCCCGUCGACGCCUCAGCCCUGGGGCUGCACGACUACCACGAGAUCAUCAAGCACCCCAUGGACCUCAGCACCAUCAAGCGGAAGAUGGAGAACCGGGACUACCACGACGCGCAGGAGUUCGCCGCUGACGUCCGGUUAAUGUUCUCCAACUGCUACAAGUACAACCCGCCCGACCACGACGUGGUGGCCAUGGCCCGCAAGCUGCAGGACGUUUUCGAGUUCAGCUACGCCAAGAUGCCUGACGAGCCGCAGGACGCCAGCCCGCCCUCGGUGUCGGCGCCGCUGCCCGGUGCCCUCUCCAAGUCCUCCUCUGAGGAGUCCUCCAGCGACGAGGACGAGGAUGAUGAGGACGACGAAGACGACGACGAGGAUGAGAGCAGCAGCGAGAGCUCGUCGGAGAGCGAGGAGAGCUCGGACUCGGAGGAGGAGCGCGCCAACCGCCUGGCCGAGCUGCAGGAGCAGCUGCGGGCCGUGCACGAGCAGCUGGCUGCCCUCUCACAGGGCCCCGUUUCCAAACCCAAAAAGAAGCGGGAGAAGAAGAAGAAGAAGAAGUCGGAGAAGCACAAAGGCCGGGGAGGCGACGAGGAGGCCCGGGCGCGCCAGGCCCAGCUGCGCAAAGCCAAGAAGGCCGGGGGCGGCGGAGGGACCAGCGGGGGCGGCAGCGGAGGCAGCUCCAACAGGAACUCGAAGAAGGCGGCGAAAGCGGCGCUGCCGCCUCCCCCGGCGCUCUACGACUCGGAGGAGGAGGAGGAGAGCAAACCCAUGACCUACGACGAGAAGCGCCAGCUCAGCUUGGACAUCAACAAGCUGCCCGGCGAGAAGCUGGGCCGGGUGGUGCACAUCAUCCAGUCGCGGGAGCCGUCCCUGCGUGACUCCAACCCCGAGGAGAUCGAGAUCGACUUCGAGACCCUCAAGCCCUCGACGCUGCGCGAGCUGGAGCGCUACGUGCUGUCCUGCCUGCGGAAGAAGCCCCGCAAGCCCUACAGCGAAACCAUGAAGAAGCCAGUGGGGAAGACGAAAGAGGAGCUGGCGCUGGAGAAGAAACGGGAGCUGGAGAAGCGGCUGCAGGACGUCAGCGGCCAGCUCAACUCCACCAAGAAACCCCCGAAGAAGGCCAGCGAGAAGCCCGAGUCGGCGCAGCAGGUGGCCGUGUCGCGGCUCAGCGCCUCCAGCUCCAGCUCCGACUCCAGCAGCUCCAGCUCCAGCUCCUCGUCCUCGGACACCAGCGACUCGGAUUCGGGUUAGGGCGGCCGGAGCGCCACGGCGGCUGCGAGCGGCGCGGCCGGGUGGAGCACGGGCAGGUUCGGAAGCGGCUCUGCGGGACCGGGCCCGCGUGAACCGGACUGAGAGCCCCCGCCCGGCGAACUGCGCCCCCAGGGUGGGCUGGGGGGGUGCUGAGGAGCCCUCCUGGUGCCUGAGCGACGCCCCCACGGACUUGGGGUGGGGGGGUGGCCGGUGGUUAGAGGCUGGAGGUUCCCGGGUGUCGCCAGGGCAGGGGGGGCUGCGCUCGGGCCCCUGGGGCCGGGCGGGGGUAUGGCCACCACCCCGUCCCCAGCAGGUUUUACUGUUUGUUGUUUUAGGUUUUUUUUCUGACUUGUGGGAUUUUUUCCGAGGGGGAAAAGUUUGGGGUUUUUAAGAAAAAAAAAAAUAUAAGAAAAAUUAAAAAAAAAAAAAAAUCUUAAAGCAUUUAAAGGAGA